AUGAGUACUACCGCCAUCAUUACACAAAAUCGCCAUGACAUGGCUUCCAUCAAAAGUAUCAGCAUGGGAAAAAUCCUCGCCAAGGAACCGGCGGCGCUGAGUGACCUUCUCGAGGCCGCUCGACUUCCAGGAUUUUUCUGUAUCGAUCUUGAUGGGGAGUCUACUAGAGGUCUGGUGGACGAUGUGCCGGAAAUAUUUACUCUCGUCAAGGAGUACUUCUGUCAGUCUGAACCCGAGAAGAUGAAAAACUUCAAUCCCAACUACGACCGUGGGUACAAGAAAUACGCAGACCAUGAGUCCUUUGAGAUCGCCUUGGAUGACCAUUCCAAUGGACUAUCUGGUUAUCCUGGUUUUCUGCAGGACCACAAGGAGCCACUGAUGGCAUUCUCCGAGGGUUGUCAUCAGCUAGCAAUGCACCUUCUUUCUGCCCUCUCUGAUGGGCUCAUGCGACAGGGGCCCGAUCGAUUCGAGAAUAACCAUCGACCUGAAAUGCCCAGUGACUCUGGUUUCAAGGUGUACUGCGCACCGACCCAAGCUCGGCUAGCGGACGUUACAGACAACACUCAUACCGACGGUGGAACGCUGACAUUGAUGUUCAUCAGGCAUCUAUGCAUGCAGUUGAAGAACCCGCUGACGAACGAGUACCAGUGGAUUGAGAAUAGGCCAGGGCAGAUGGUGGUGAACGUUGCCAAUUCCCUUCAGGAACAGUCCAACGGCCAGUUGCACUCUUGUCUUCACCGUGUAACUCAGCCGGAAGAUGGGGUGGAAGAGAGGUAUUUGCUUAGCUAUUUUCUCCGACCGGACAAGGUGGCCUGA